AUGGACGAACAACACAACCGCGCCACAGGAGACAGCCCGCAGUAUGACUUUACAGGCGUCGUUUUGAACGAUGUGAUUCCCAAGCGCGACAAGUUAUGGUGGAGAGACAGACGACUGUUGAAGCUCAACGCUCUUCUACUGUGCGCCUUGCUCACUCAGACUGCCCAAGGAUUCGAUGCCAGCAUGCUUAACGGAAUGCAAGCACUCCCUACCUGGAUCGAGUACUUUGGACACCCUGCAGGGACUCGUCUAGGCGCCAUGACAUUUGGCCCAACGGGAGGAGUUCUGAUUUCCAUCUUGAUCUCGUCUCAACUCUGUGACCGAUUUGGAAGACGGUAUCCGAUCUGUGGUGGCUCUGUUCUUAUCAUCAUCGGGUCGAUCCUCCAGGCUGCGUCUGUCGAUUAUGGCAUGUUUGUCUUCUCUCGAUUUCUGGUUGGCUUCGGCCUUGGCAUUGUUUCGGUAGCUGCACCCCCACUGCUUUCUGAGACUGCUUAUCCGACACAUCGAGGGAAAUUGGUUUCUUUUUAUCUAGUCUCAUGGCCAUUGGGAUCUCUCAUCGCGGCUUGGGUUACCUACGGCACAUUCCAAAUGGACACCUCGUCAUGGAGUUGGAGGCUUCCUAGUCUGUUGCAGUGCACUUUCUCAGUUGUGCAAGCAAUUCUGAGUCUCUUUGCUCCGGAGUCUCCUCGGUGGCUUAUCUAUAAAGGUCGCAACAAGGAGGCACUCGAUAUAUUGGUUCACUACCACGGCGAUGGAGAUCCCCAAUCGCGCCUGGCUCAUUUCGAGAUGGCCGAGAUCACUGCGACACUUCAGAUGGAGAUAAUUCAGAAGAAGUCACGGUGGGCAGAAUGGGUAUCAUCCAAAGGUAACCGACACCGACUAUUUCUGGCAUUGUAUAUCCCAGCUAUGCUUCAAUGGUCUGGGAAUGGACUCACUUCGUACUAUCUGCCCAAGGUCCUCGACACAAUCGGCAUCACAAAUUCAAAGACCCAGCUUAUCGUCAACGGCUGCAUGUCUAUCUGGAGCCUUAUAUCGGCAAGCUUCUUUGCCUUGCUGGUUGAUCGUGCCGGUCGUCGUGGAUUGUUCCUUUUCGGCAUGAGUGGUAUGGGAGUUGCAUAUAUUUUCUGGACAAUGUGCUCUGCUAUCAACCAGGAAAGAAAUUUCAAAGAUCAUGGAUACGCAGGCGGUGUGCUAGCCAUGAUAUUUAUUUACGUCGCACUGUAUCAUGCGUGUUCGCCGGUCGCGCCUACGUACAUCAUGGAGGUUGUACCUUACUCUCUGCGGUCCAAGGCAUCCAUGCUCUACCAGCUCACAGGGAAUCUUGCGCAGCUAUACAACAGCUUUGCGAACCCAGUUGCUAUGGAUGCCAUUGGAUGGAAAUACUAUAUUGUGUGGGUGGUCAUGAUCUUUAUACAUCUUGCAGUAAUCUACUUUUUCUUUCCCGAGACGAAGAAUCGCGGCUUGGAGGAAGUCGCAGAGAUUUUCGAUGGACCAAAUUUUCUCUCUGGAGUAAAUGCUAUGAAGCAGCUAGGGUUGGAAACAAACGCUGAAAAUGCAGUCGAGAUUGGGCAGGACUCGAAGAUGGGUGUUGAGCAGGUGGAACGGGUUUGA